CAUAUAUUUUAUCUGGUACGCAAGUCACCUUCCCAGCUGUCCACCUGCAGCUUCUCAGAUAAACCUCAUACUGCUGCGGCUAAACGACAUUCAUGGAACAUUAGGUGAGCUGAUUUACUUUAGUUUUUAGUACAUCUGUGAUAUCAGUAUUUCAAAUAAAUGUCAACACUUGCUUUUCAGACCUUCCUUUUAAACAGAUGCCGUCUUUCAAUAAAAGCUUUGCAGAUGAGUGAUGUCUUCCUUUAGGACUGUUUCAAACACUUCUGUCAUCAUUCACCCUCCAGGCUUCUACAUUGUUGGAUUUGAGUCAUUUCCCUUCAUAUCUGUGUAUUUCAUCUUCCUGGCAUUUGUUUAUGUGUUUUCAGUGAUGUUUAACUGUUUGCUAAUUUAUACAAUUGCUGUGAAUCACAGUUUGCACACUCCAAAAUUUCUGGCCAUCACCAACCUGGCAGUGAUAGAUUUAGUCUUUAACUCCUGCACCAUUCCUGGCAUGAUAAAGAUUUUUCUAAUCAAGGAUAACUUUGUUCCAUUUAACCUGUGUCUUGUACAAAUGUUUGUAUAUUAUGCAUUUGUAGCACUAGAAUCGUAUGCACUCACAAUACUGGCCUAUGACAGGCUGAUUGCUAUAUGUUUCCCGUUUAGACAAAGCUCAGUCAACACAGUGCGCAGCAUGUGCUGCAUUAUCAGUGUUACCUGGUGUUUAGCUGUUGGAGUGGCAGGAUUUUCAACAAUCAUAAUGACCCGACUGUCUUUUUGCAACUCUGUCAGAGUGGUUAGUUAUUUUUGUGACUAUGCACCUGUGUUUCGACUUGCCUGUAAUGAUAACUCACUGCAGUGGGCUGCAGCUUCAUUCUCCUCCAUUUUUGUCCUCGGGGUGACUUUUGUUUUCAUUUUCCUCACUUAUGUGAGCAUCCUGGUGACUGUGUUCAGGAUGAAAUCUGUGGACCGACGAGUGAAAGCUUUGGCCACAUGUGUUGAACAUAUAACUGUUGUUGCUAUAUUUUACAUUCCUAUUUUUGUUAUUUUUGCCAUUGGAUUUUAUUCAAGGGUAGUUGAACCAGAGAAGAGAGUUCUGAGUCUGUCGUUGGCAUCUUGCAUGCCUCCUUGCAUUAAUCCUAUUGUUUAUUCUCUGAAAACAAAAGAGAUCAAAAUUAGAGCACUGGCUAUCUUUAGAAAAUCUAAAGUUAAUGCAAAAAUCUGA